AUGGCGGAUGUCGAAAUGGAGCAAAUGAAAGCCGAUUCCAAGGAAGAGGUUGUGGAGGAAAAUGCAAAUGGAACCGUGGAAAAGGUUGAGACGAAAACUGAGUCGGAUUACGCAGAAAACGAGACAUACAAGAAGUUGAUCUCCCAGCAGAUGAAACAGUCAGUUGCUGAAGCGAUGAUGAAACUCUUUGAUUCCGGCUACAUGGCUGCUGAAGAUGUCGACGAACGAGCAGUUGAAAUGAUGAACUCAUUUCCGGAAGAUCAAGCUCGUUACGUGGUGGAACAACUCAAGGAAUCCAGGCUCUUUGGAGUACAAAACAAAGCACAAUAUCUGAUGUCACUUAUGCGCAACUUUCGCGACCGUAUUCGUAACCAAGGGCCACAGUCAGUUAUGGCCGGAAAGCUUAUUACCGGACCCGAUCCGGAGAAAAUGGCGGAGAUUUUGAAAAGGACUGGGUAUACACUUGAAAUCACCGUUGGACAACGAAAAUAUGGUGGCCCCUGCCCGGGUUGGGACGGUCCCCCCACUGGACCUGCUGGGCAAGGGCACGAGGUUUACGUGGGUCAUAUACCCCACGAAUUGUUCGAGGAUUCCAUUGUGCCUUUGUUCGAAACAUGUGGCAAAAUCUGGGAUUUGCGUUUGAUGAUGGAUCCGAUGACUGGGAAGAAUAGAGGAUACGCCUUUCUAACAUUCUGCGAAAAAGCCUCUGCUGCUGAAGCGGCGAAAAAGUAUGAUGGACACGAAAUUUUGCCUGGAAAAGCUCUGAAAGUGAACGUCUCUGUCGCAAACACACGUCUGUUCCUGGGAAACAUCCCCAAGUCGAAAACUAAAGCCGAAAUUCUUGAGGAGCUCAAAAAGCACGCAGAGGGUGUAACUGACGUCAUUGUGUACACUAUUCCUGACGCGACAGAACGACACAAAAACAGAGGUUUCUGCUUUGUCGAUUUUGCUGAUCACAAGACUGCUUCGGAUGCUAAGAGAAAAAUACAGCAACAUAAGGUCCGACCGUUUAACAGUGAACUCGUCGUUGAUUGGGCUGAACAGCAAGAUGAACCGGAUGAGGAAACAAUGAACAAGGUGAAAGUACUUUACGUCCGGAAUCUAAAAGAAUGUGUCUCUGAGGACAAAUUGAAAGAGAUCUUUGGUACAUUUGGAGAAAUAGAACGCAUCAAGAAGAUUAAGGACUAUGCAUUCGUGCAUUUCAAAGAACGCGAUCCCUGUGUGAAGGCAUUGGAAGAGUGGAAUGGCAAGGAGUUAGAAGGAGUCGUGAUAGACUGUUCCUUGGCCAAGCCUCAAACAGAAAAAAAGAAGAAACCAAUACGAGGUCGCGGAAUGGGUAUGGGCAUGGGUUAUGGUGGCGGCCCAGGUGGAUUUGGUGGUGGACGUGGACGAGCUAACAAUAUGUAUCCGAAUAUGGGUUACGACGAUUACGGUUAUGGUGGAGGAUACGGUAUGGGAGGUGGUUACGGAGACUAUGGUGGCGGCUAUGGGAUGGGUCCAGGUGGUUACGGUGGCGGAUAUGGCGAUUUUCAAGCAUGUGGAUACGGUCCACAAGGAGGUUAUGGUGGUGGUCACUUUGGUGGAGGUGGCUUUGGAGGUCGUGGCGGAGGUGGUGGAUUUCGUGGUGGACGAGGGGGUGGUCGAGGAGGAUUUUCAGGGCAUUAUUUUUCCAGACGUGGUAAACGUCCAGGCGACAGGUCUGGAGGUCCGGCCUCUAAAAGAGACAAUGGUGCGCCCGACUUUUCGGCAGAUGUAAAUAUGAGCUCAUUCUAG